AUGGACUCUUUCUUUGUGGAGCCCAUAGCCCGGGGCAGCAAGUACAGACUACUUGAGCAGUCCGAGCUGCCCACCCCGGACCCAGAUCUGCAAUUCAAAAUAGUAAUUGUGGGAGACUCAGGAUGCGGUAAAACAUCGCUAUUAUCAUCUUACAUUCGAGGAUCGUUCCCAUCAGAGUACGAGCCGACCAUCUUUGAAAAUCACAGAGCCUUUCUACAGGACAGUUCACAGCAUCACAUACUGACAGUUGAUCUUUGGGAUACAGCAGGACAGGAAGACUACGAGAGACUGAGAAGAUUGAGCUAUCAAGACUCGAACCUGAUAAUCCUUGCGUACUCACUGGCCGCUAAGGAGUCGUUGCUUAACAUUCCAGAGGUGUGGGCCCCCGAGAUCCUGGGAUUCUGUGACAAAACGCCAAUUGUGCUUGUUGGCUUGAAGGCUGACGUUUCCACAAAAGAGGUGCAUCCGGAGCAGGCAUACAAUGUAGCCAAAUCGAUCGGUGCUGUGGCGCAUAUCGAAUGCUCGGCCAAGCAGAUGUACAAUGUUGAUAAGCUGUUCAAUGCGUGCGUGAAUGUGGUCUACAAUCAGCACCAGACAGCUGCGAGAGAGGCUGCGAGAGACUCCAAGAGGUUCAGCAAGGGACACUUCAGAAUUGCCAGCAACAGCAACAACCUCGCCGCUGUUGGUUCUGAGAUCUCCAAGGAGUCUAGCAGCGAUUCCUGCUCGAUAGAUUUUAGUAAUCAUAAUAACAGGCGAGGAACAGCCACUUCCAAAUACGAUGCAGGCCUCCAGUCCGAAGCACACUACAGUGCUCGGAUGACCGCGUUUCAGUUCAAACUCAGAUCAAAGCUUCUAAGACUUGUCCAACAUGAAACGCCUCUUCUUUCUAAAAUACAGAAAUCAUGCUACACAGAAUGGCGAGACAUUUACUUCACAUAUUCAGCAAACCUCGGGUCACACACUUUCUACGUGCUAUGUCUUCCUCUACCCGUGUGGUUUGGAUACUCCUAUCGUGAUUUGGUCUAUGUUCUCGGACUAGGCAUUUUUUUCACAGGCGCAGUCAAAGAUUACCUCUGUCUUCCGAGACCGCGUUGCCCGCCUCUUGUCCGCAAAACUAUGAGCCACUACACAUCGCAGGAGUAUGGGUGUCCCUCUAGCCACUCAGCCAAUGCGGCAGCGGUGUUUAGUCUGCUUUCAUACCACAUACUAUCCAACCUUGACUCGUUUACGGCUACAACGGCUCUGCUGCUGAUGCUUGCUCUACUCUUAUACUUCGCCUCUAUGGUGUUUGGACGGAUCUACUGCGGCAUGCAUGGAAUGGUGGAUGUAGUGGUGGGAAUAUUGAUCGGCACAUCAACGGUAAUUCUGAGACUGAUUACCAAAUCCAACUGGGACUCUUUUCUGACAAGCAGCUCAGUCCUGGCACCCACUUUCGCAGUGGGAUUCUAUUACGCACUAUUAUACUUCCACCCUCUUCCUGUUGAUCACUGUCCGUGCUUCGAGGACAGUGUCGCAUUCAUGGGCGUGCUGAUGGGCCUCGAUAUAGGAUUCUGGUCGCUCGCCAACUCUUCUUUCAAAGCCGCAGACAUGGAGUACCACGGUACCUGCAAAUACUCGCUCGAGCAACUCGGAUACAUGAAAAGUGCUUUUAGACUGGCCCUUGGACUUUCGAUUCUGGCUGUCUGGAAGGCUCUUGCUAAGCCUCUGCUCACCAUUAUCUUGAAACCGGUACAUUCACGAGUGUUUGCAAGUCAAGCUACCAAACUCGACAACCUGAGCGAUUGUGCUGCACUAAGACCACGUUACGAACUACGACUUCUUGUGAGGCUUGGUGUUUACAGCGGCAUUGCCAUCAUUGCUAUUUGGAUGGACGCCAUUUACCAAUACGUAGGACUAGCUUUGGACUAG